CGCGUGCGGGGCGGGGACUUUGGAGGCGCUGACGGCGGCCGUUGCAGGAGCCCUCCCGCGCCCGCCUAGCCGCCCCUUCUCCCGCGCCACCGCCAAGCCACCACCGCUCGCCACGGCUUGGACUGGACUAGCCCGGCAUGGCUGCCGCCGUGGGAUACCCCGCUCUACUGCCUCCUUCUCCUCGCCCCAGCCCAGCGCAGCAGGAGCGCGUCGGAACCAUCAGCACCAGAGGAGCUGCAGUACCUGCCAAAAGGGAGAGGUUGUUGUGGGCACACCGAGGACUCUGAAGACGAACCCGCUGGCUGCCACCUGCCUUGCUCUGCCUCGCUUCUGGACGACGCACCCCCCACCCCCUCUCAGAAGACCUUCCCUCUCUGCCAUGGGGGUUCUGUGAGCCCCAAGAAUCUGCUUGAGGCCUGGCUUCUGGUGUUGCCCUCCUCAGACCAUGUGGUGGUCACUCCUCCGAGGCCCACCGCUCCUUUCCCCCUUUCUGCAAGUGACCGAAGUUGCCACCGGCUGGGAGGCCCGCCUGGCGCUGUGGAUCCUCAGCUUCGCCUCGGCCGUGGUGCAGAUGGAGAGCCAGGCGUACUCUCCCACCGUCAACACGCACUAUGGGAAGCUGCGGGGCGUGCGGGUGCCCCUGCCUAGCGAGAUCCUGGGUCCCGUGGACCAGUACCUGGGGGUCCCCUACGCAGCCCCACCCACCGGGGAGAAGAGGUUCAUGCCCCCCGAGCCGCCCCCCUCCUGGUCAGGGAUCCGCAACGCCACACACUUCUCCCCAGUGGGUCCACAGAACAUCCACACGGCCGUCCCCGAGAUCAUGCUGCCCAUCUGGUUCACCUCGAACCUGGACAUUGUGGCCACUUACAUCCAGGACCCCAAUGAGGACUGCCUGUACCUCAACAUCUAUAUCCCCACCGAGGAUGUAAAACGGAUUUCCAAGGAAUGCGCCCGAAAACCCAACAAGAAAAUAUGUAGGAAAGGAGGCGGCUCCAGCGCUAAGAAACAGGGCGAGGACUUAGCAGAUAAUGACGGGGAUGAAGACGAAGGUAUUUGUGUGCGCACCAGGUGGCUGUGGCUGCAUGAACCUGCUCUUUCUUUCUCACGCUUUCCUUUUCAUGUGCGCUCCUCAUUUGCUGCCAUCCCAGGAAGUCCCUGCUGGUUUUUUCUUUUUGUGUGUGUGUCUUUCUGUCUCCUUGUGCUGAGCAGCUGCAUGGGAGGGGCAUGGUGGUGAUGCUCUCUGAGCCUCGGCCUCUUCCA